UCUUCUCACUGGACAUAACGCGGGUUUGGCUUGGGUCGUCGGUCUGACUGGUGAACCAUUCCACUCGUGCCUUCAUCAGUCCCCUCCUCUGCAAGACGGACCUUGUCCUCAAGGUCCAAGCCUGGAAAUCACUUUUGCGACUCCGACCAUUGGUUCUCAUGUCAUCUCAUCUUCUGGUAAGUUCUUUCACUAAACACUCCUCCAUCAGCUUUCUGCCAUGCUUGACCCAAAGAUGAUCUACCACACGCUCGACGUCCAACUCCAACUCACCAUCCCCAGUCUCCGCCGACUUUGGUAUCUUAGCGGUGCUCGGCACUGGUCCUACGUAUUUCUUCAGUGGAGACACAUGGAAGGUGGGGUGGUGAUAAACGAUUAAUUUCACAGGUUUAUGCUUCCAUUCUUGAGCCGUUUGAGAGACGAUUCUCGUGUUUUAAGCCGAUUUCACGCUAGGUUGUGCGUUAAUGUUAUAUUUCAGGACUUGGUGUGGACAUGGAGGCGUGGAAACGAGUUUCGGGUAAAAAAGGAGGACGCUGGAGUGAAGGGGCGCUGGAAGAAGAAAAUACCCGGUCAGGAGUUAAAAUACCCGACCGGGUAAAAUGCAAGAGGAGGCUGGGGAUAACACGUUUUGGACGCCAGAAUUCCAUAAGGGGUCCCGGCCGGAUAGCUAAAAUACCCGAUCGGGUAUUCUGAACCUCGAUCGGGUAUUUCCUUUCCCCAUUGCGCUGCGUUUAAAAAUACCCGGCCGGGCAGCUGAAAUACCCGACCGGGUAUUAUGGCCGAAGAUCGCGAUCUGCUCCCUUUUGAGGGAGAGAAGGCCAAUUUUACAAGAGUUUCGAGUUUUAGAGAAAGAAAGCAGAUACCUAGAGAGAGAGAGAGCGACAAACCAGAAUCUCCAAGCCCCCUAGAUCGAUCUUCAGCACCAUUGGAGUUCGGCUUAAGCUUAGAGAAGUGCCGAUUGACUACCAGAAGCAGAAUCUCAUCCUUCACAACAUGUUUUCUGCAUUUGAGCUAGAUUUUCCUUCUCUCUCUAUGGAGUAAACUCUCUCACUCACUUGGGUAUGAAGAACCCUAGAUUUGUAUGUUAGAUCUCAUUGUAUGAACUCAAGUCCGAAUUCAUUGAUAUUGAUUAUAUUCAAUUAAGGUUUGAUUUCCUGAAUGGCAUGGAUCCAUAUCAAAUUCCUGUUAUUUCUGCUUUGACCUAGAAAGAGAAUAUCUACCUAGGUUGAUAGAGCACCCUUGAUUGAAGGUAGUGAAUCGACGACUUUAGUCGAGGAGUCAAUUCACUAUUCUGGAUCGGAUUUACUCCGGUAGAGGAGGUUUGGUUUGUUAGGGCCUCAAUCUGUUUAUUCCGAUGGAGGUUAGUCGCCCGCUGGGGACUUGGAUUGAGAGGGUCUGGAUACCUUUAGUCGAGACUGCAGACUGUCUAAGAACCUCCCGCGGUAUAACUAUCAUUGAACUUGAACUUGGUGAAUUACAACCUGGCUUAACUGCAGUCUAGGGGGAACCAUAUCUGGGUGAUCUCUCUUAACUUUGAACACAACUUUCACUGCUCUUGCUUGCUAGUUUAGUUCGACCUUCACUACACUUGAACCGCUAAAUAAUAAGAGUGUCACGGAGUAGUCAUCACACCUAGGUUCCGGGUUGACAUUUAUAACUAAACCCGCUAUACUACGCAUUAGUAGGUGGUUACACUUGGCCACUUUCUAGUGUGACGGUAGAGACGUGUCAAGUUUUUGGCGCCGUUGCCUGGGACAGCUAGGUUGUUGAAGAAACGUGAUUUAUGUUACUUUAGCAUUUCUUUUCUGCAAUUGAGUGUUUGCUUUGUCCCACUUGUGCCUUCACGGGUUUGCUUGCUUGGCUGUGUGCAGGUAGUGCAUGACCCGUAGCCAGUUGGGAGGUUUACUGCCGUUGGAUCCGGAGCUAGAACGCACUUGUUGCCAACUUAGGAGAGAACAGAGAACAAGACCGGCUAAAGAGGAAGUGCAUGUCGUUGACCAUCUGAGCAGCAACUCCGAAGAGGAAUACGAGAUGGGAAACGAGCACAACAUGGGGAACCUGAACCUGGGGCAGAACCAAAUCCUAGGGAUGCCCGUGCAGGUCCCCCCAUUGAAUCUGAUCCUUGAAAAUAACGCAGUUCCCCAGGCGGAUGGGGCUCAACAUCCACCACCCUCGCCGGGUCCUACUAUGAAGUAUUACUACACUCCACGGGUCGCCGACUUCCGCCCCGUCAUCCUGUAUCCGCCCAUCCCAGCAAAUAACUUUGAGAUCAAGCCAUGCUGGAUUCAACUGAUCACAUCCUCCAUCCAGUUCCAUGGCUGAAAGGAUGAAGAGGAGAGGGUGCACCUUUCCCGGUUCUUAUAGCUUACAAAUUGGUUCAAAAUGAAUGGUGUACCCGAUG